GCCUGUUACUCUAAUCUCCACGAACUGAAAACGCGGCCGCAUUGCUACAGGGGCCCCCGUGGUUUCUCACUCGGUUACUCGUUGACGAACAAGUUUCCUCUUCCUCCGGACGCCUCUUCUGAAUCACACCAUUAAUAGUCAUCUCAUCUCCCCUCUUGUUUUGAUGAACUCUCUCUCUCUCUCUCUCUCUCUCUCCCUGUUGUUUGGAGAUGGGUUUCGGUGUUCUUCUGUGCUUGCUGAUUUCCCUGUUCUUUUCUGUAAAGCCAUCUCUUUCAGAUCCGAGAGCUACAAUGCCGCAGGGAGGUCUAGUGUGCAGCAACACCAGUGCGUCGCCCUCUGAUCGCCAAGUCUUCGUAACCAACUUCGUGGCCGCCCUGGAUUCACUCACCUCUCUCAUCUCAGCUGAAAAGUACGGCGCCGUGGUGAACGGCUCCGGCAACACCACAGUCUACGCCUUCGGCGAGUGCAUGAAGGAUUUGUUUCGCACCGAUUGCAACCUCUGCUUCGCCCAAAUCAAAACCCAAAUCAUCAGAUGCCUCCCCUUCCAACGAUUGAUCCGAGGCGGCCGCCUUUUCUACGACGGCUGUUAUGUGAGGUACGAUGAUUACAUGUUCUUCAACGAAAGCCUGAGUUCGGUGGAUAAAAUAAGUUGCGCGUUUAAUGAUUCGGCUGGAAAUGGGACGCUUUUCCGAGUCAAUGUUGUCGACUUGAUGAAGAAUUUGAGCGCGGAAGCGCCGAAGAGUGACGGGUUCAUUGUGGGGUCUGUGAGUCGAGGGAACUUAUCGGUUUACGGGUUGGCUCAGUGCUGGGAGUUUGUCAAUGGCAGUGCCUGUGAUAAAUGUUUGGCAAACGCUGUGAAUAGAAUCGGUUCUUGCCUUCCCAAGGAAGAAGGAAGGGUGUUGAAUGCCGGUUGCUAUCUUAGGUAUUCCACCCAGAAAUUCUAUAACAAUUCAAGCCCUGAUCCAGUGCCUAAAGUUGGAGGAGGAAACCGUAGGUUGGCCGUCAUCUUGGCUUCAACCUUUUCGGCUAUAGCUUUUCUGCUGAUCGUUGCGGCAAUUUCUUUCGUUACGAGGAAGAAAAUUGCAAAGAAGAGAAGAGAGAGGAAGCAACUAGGUGCUCUACUGCUCACUGUUAACAAUUCCAAGCUGAAUUUUUCGUAUGAAACUCUUGAAAAGGCCACAAACUACUUUCACAAUUCCAAUAAACUGGGCCAAGGAGGAUCAGGUUCAGUUUUCAAAGGGAUUUUGCCCGAUGGACGGACUGUUGCUAUUAAGAGGCUUUUCUUCAACACAAGACAAUGGGUGGAUCAUUUCUUCAAUGAGGUCAAUCUGAUCAGUGGCAUCGAUCACAAGAAUCUUGUAAAGCUGUUGGGAUGCAGCAUUACAGGCCCCGAAAGCCUUCUUGUUUAUGAAUUUGUCCCGAAUCAAAGCCUCAAUGACCACCUUUCUGCUAGAAAUGAUCUGCGACCACUGAAUUGGGAAGAGAGAUACAAUAUAAUACUGGGUAUUGCUGAGGGCUUGGCCCAUCUUCACGAGGAAUCGAAGUUGAGAAUCAUACAUAGAGAUAUAAAGUUGUGCAAUAUUCUUCUUGACGAGGAUUGCACACCCAAAAUCGCUGACUUUGGGCUUGCUAGAUUAUUUCCAGAAGAUAAGUCUCAUAUCAGCACUGCCGUUGCCGGCACAUUAGGUUAUAUGGCUCCCGAGUAUAUAGUUCGUGGCAAACUGACAGAAAAGGCGGAUGUUUACAGUUUCGGAGUUCUUGUCAUUGAAGUUGUCUCUGGGAAGAAGAACAACUCUUUCUCCCAGAGUUCCUAUUCUAUGCUGCAAAUGGUAUGGAACCUUUAUGGAACAGGAAGAUUACGGGAAGUUGUGGAUGCCUCCCUGAGGGGCGAGUUUGAAGAAGAGGAGGCGAACAGAGUACUCCAAAUCGGUCUGCUUUGCGUGCAAGCCACUGCAGAGACUCGGCCAUCCAUGUCGAUGGUCGUGACAAUGCUUCGGGAUGACCACGAGAUCCCUCAGCCAACACAGCCACCCUUUCUCAAUAAUAGCAGCGCAGAAAUUGCACGGCAUAAACAUUCUGGACCUUCUCAUUCUCAGCCUGAAUCUUACUCCCAAUCUUCGGGGAAUACCAUCUCAGAGAGCUUCAUUGAACCUAGAUGAACACAAACCCGUGGUUUUGUUUCCAAUUUUCCUUGCUCUAAACAAAUCCAUCUUCUCAUCAUCUGUGUCCUCCAGCCGCGGCUUUAGUGUGUUGAAGAGGUGACAAAAUGUGCUGGAUGUGCUUUUUGCGCAGACAUUUUUUGCUCUUCGUGUCUUGAGUCUAAGAUUCUGGGGAAGGUUGCUUCCUCUUUCGCUGUUGUAUUGUAUCCCUGCCAUUGGUUUUUGUAUUUAGCAGCUUACUGAUAGCUGUAAAUUGCGUGUAAAGAUAACCAGUAUCUUUGGAAAUAUUUAUAUUGCAAGAGUUAGCAGCUUAUUGAUAGCUGUAAAUUGCGUGUAAAGAUCGAUAACCAGUAUCUUUGGGGAUAUUUAUAUAUUUCAAGAGUUUAUAAA